AUGGACGCAGCUCAACAAGAGUUGAGAUGCUUCCAGUUGGCUCGCAAGCUACACCUCCUUCCAUUGCUUAACGAAGUGUUUACCACAAAUUCACUUGUACAUCCCAUUUUUUAUCCGUGUUUAGAUCCCCGAGCGAAGGAGCUUAGUAAACUAAUAUACCUCUGUCUGUGGAGAUGGCUAAAACCUAGCAUCAGUGACGCAGGAGGUACCACAUAUCCAAUUAGUGACAUUGCGGACUGCAUCUUAUCGUUCCUCAGCUUUUCUCACUUGACACCAACGAGCCCCCCCAAGUCUUUACUUCUUCAUCAGUCCUGCCAGUCGUCCCCAUCAACCUUCCAUAGACCCACCAAUACACUGUUGGCGAACCCUACAGUGACUCCUCCGCAGCUUCAACCGCCUUUACCGUCAUCUAAUGUGCCCCCUCCACUCACUCUCGAAGGUAACUCACCGGUUGAUACCGAGAAUACCCCUUCAAUUUGUGAGUCUUCGUCUUCAAAAGGAGAUCCUGCGUUAUCCAACAAGAUGGUGGGCGACAACCUUCUUGUUGGAGGUGCCGAUAAGACGCCUGAGCAGGAUACUCUUUAUCGACCGAUGUUUUAUGUUCGGCAGCUGAAAGAGCAUUCCACGGCGUUGUCGAUAAACCACGCGAUUUUCAUCCGCAUGGCUCACACGAUACAGCUUAACGAAGAGUCACUUAACCCUUACUUCGGUCGCUAUGGCCAGAUCAGCUGCUCGCUUCAACGUCGUGUGCGGCUUUCAGAAUAUUCAAGGCCUCCCAGCGAAGAGUUCAUACAGUCGCUGCUUCUCAUGUUUAACUGUGAUCUUCAGAGUUUGUUGAUUCAAGAUUUUAUUGUUUCCGUUGAUUCUUAUCAAAACGCCGUGCAUGCCGUACAUCAGGCAUACUACAAGGAGCUCCUGUUUAUUGCCUUCCAUGACGCGUGUCAGGACACCCACUGCAUUGCGGAUCUCGAUGUGAUGCAGUCCAACAAUGAAGUUUGCUACUACGUGAGGCCAUCACUGACCAAGGAGUCAGCCCCAGCGUUAACGAAUCACCACCGUUAUGGUAGUCGACGUAAACGCUUGCGAUUGCAUAAUGGGGCGGCCUCAGAUCUCGAAAGGGUAGGCGAUAUGAGCACCUCCUCGUUUUCGUCUCUUUCGAGCAGCAGUAGCAGUAGCAGCAGCGCCAGUAGCAUCGAUAAGUCUUUUGUUCCCGAUGUCAUUGUUGAUGGUCUGCCGCACUGGGCUACCGAGGGCCAGCUCAAGGUAUUACUUCAGGAGCAUGGGAAGGUCGAAUCCAUACGGAUGUCUGUCGAUGAUCUUUCUGGCGCGUUCACCGGCGUUAUCUUGGUUAGGAUGUCAACAGCCGAAGAGGCGAUACAGUUGUCAAAUGCACUGCACCAAGCUCAAUUUGAUUCCCAUACACUGCAGAGUGGUGUACUGAACGACCGCUUAGAGAUAGAAGCCAUCGAGGAUGGGAAUGAAAUUCGUAGCAUUUUGGAUGAAAGCUUACCAGCUUCGUUUGAUAUUAAUCUCAACCAGCGAGCAUGGGUAUAG